AUGCCGAAUAUGAUACCUGACUACGAGAUCAGGCUCCUACUCAACCCAACCCUAGUGCUCAGUCCCGAAAACGAGCUAACGGACACCGUCCAAUCGACCUUUGGUAUAUCCCCAUCAGAGCCGACUAAGUUGGACGUCCAGUUCCUCGACACGAACUCUAAGGAGCUCUAUACCGCUGGCUGGAGCGCUCGCAUCCGCAAGAUCGACACAGAGGACCACAUCGAGCUGACGUAUAAAAAGCGGUAUGAGAUCACCGGCGGUGACAUUGACGCCGCUCUCGCUGCGGCUAAUAAUGAUGGCUUCAAUGUUGGCAAUACAAAGUAUGAGGCGCAAGUUGAAUGGGGUUACCAGAAGCAAACACUUUCUAUCAGCCGCAAGAAACCUAGAGCGAAUUCUGAGAAUAGCGGAACGGGCCUGCCAGGAAUACACGACUCGCGUGAAAUGCUGAUUAACGAAGCCCCAGGCAAGUUUGACAACUGGAAGCCUAACAAAUGGGGCACCACCAUGUUAGCGGCAUCGCGCAUUUUCGGCCCAGUCCAUGCCAGCCGCUCCACUGGCUCGUGGAAUGGGAUGCAGGUAUACCUUGAGGUCUGGCCCCUCGUGGGCUUAGCGGGUAAGGGGAUUGAGUACAUCGUUGAGAUUUCUUUCAAGACGGAGAGCCGCAAGACAGCCGCGAUCGAGCAGGGGAACUUGGCCGCAUUUCUGCAGUGCAAGGGUUGGCUUCUCAAAAAGGACUCGCUAAAGACGCAGCUUAUAAUGGAGCGAUAUUGA